AAAAUGAGGAAAUAAUUGUUUUUUUUGGGGGUAAAAUUUGCUAAGGGUUUAAGAUCUUAGGGCCAAAUAAGAAAAAAGAAUCAAAGUUUAGGAAUAAACCCACGGUUGCCUUUCUCAAUUGACAUCAGAUUGCCGUCGACGCUGCCUCCACCACCAUACAUCGCCGCCGCCUCUCUUUAAUUCAAUCUGCAAUACACUACGAUACAGAGCAUUAGCUACAAAGGUUUGUAGAUAUGGAAUUUUGCCCAACUUGUGGGAUGUUGUUGAAGUAUGAGUUGCCUCAUUUUCAUCUUCCUGCCCGAUUUUUCUGCCCCACAUGUCCAUAUGUUAGCCAAAUAGAGCAGAAGGUCAAGAUCAAAAGAAAGCAACGUUUGGUUAAAAAGGAGAUUGACCCCAUCAUCACCCAAGAUGACAUGAAGAACGCACCAAAAACAGAUCAAGCUCAUUGCCCAGAUUGUGGUCACAACAAGGCUUCAUACAUCCAGUUUCAAACAAGGUCUGCUGAUGAACCCAUGACAAUAAACUUCACCUGUGAGAAAUGUGGUAAAUGCUGGCGUGAGGACUAAAAUUCAAGUUGUCUUAUUAUGAAUAAGUAUUGAGUUAUAUGGAGUUGUUUCUUUUUUACUUAAUCUUGACACAAUGACUUAAUGGAUUAAGUCAAAAAAAACUUGGCUUAAUGUAUUGAGACACCAAUCAAUUACUAAUUUGCCUUUCUUA